GUACUGCGAGAGAGGCGCCGCGGCCGAGCUCAGUCUGCCGACAAGGCGCGCCCCGGGCACACGUCCCAGUAGCAGCCAGGCCGUCUGGACCACCCCGCCUCUCCGACAGACUCAACAACCCGACGCACGUCCACUCUGCUGAAGCGAAGAUAAGGAAGAGAAAACGAAGAAAACAGUCCCGAGACAUCGCCUAGCACUUACCGGCACUUCAGAAACCACAGUGAGACUAGAAAGUGGUUUUAAUUAACAUACCACACGCAAAGCUUGCGUAAUCGGCUCGGCUUUCUAAAACGCGACCAAAGCUCUGUCGCAUGCAAACCAUACCGGGAGCAGAGUAACAGCACAAAAAAAGUAAUUUAGGAAACGAAGCAAGGGGAGAAGAAAAAGUGUGUGUUUGAAAGGGAGAGGAAAGAAAAAAAAAGUGAAAACAUCGUUAAGUGUCGCAAGAAACACGAAAGUUUUGUAGACGCUUUCUUUGCAACGUCCGAGAUCCGUUAGCUCACAAACGUUGGCACGCCUGCUGCCGCCUUCUUAGGCCAGACAGUCGUCUGUUUUCGCAAUCUGCGGCAUUCGGCACCGCCGACAAAAUUUCGCGACGGAAACACAGCUAAACGUUGCUUACAAGCAAUAUCCUGUGCGAUUUCCGUCACGUUCCCUUCUGAAAGACGAAACUUCAGCCUGUCGUGAAAUAAUUCGCAAGAAUCAAGUUUCAAACUGCAAGCAAAGCUACUGCACAGCAGAAAGUCAUUCAUAACUGUUCCGUUAGUAUACUGAUAUAACAAGGAUUCAGACAUUACUAUCUUUAUUAACAAUGGGAACAGUUUUCUGAAGGAAAGGCGUCACCUUCAUGUUUACAUCAGAAUUUCUUAGUGCUAUAUUUCUCGACAGUGGAUGGAUAUUAAUGUGAAGUUAUAAAGAGAUACAAACAUUGUCUUUUUUUCACUAAACAAACAGAAGAAUAGAGAAUACGCUUGGGAAGGGACAAUAUUGUUUAUAUUUCGACAAUACUACUAAGUGAAGCCAAACAUUAGCAUUACAGACAUUCCACUCCAAUGGAUCCAGAGAUGUUAUUGCAACUGGCGCUGCUAGCGGCGACAGCGCUGCUAGUACCGCGCCCCGCCACUGGCGGCGCUGUCAUCAGCUCUUCUCCAGGAUGGAGACCCAUUCCAGACCCAAGCCCCGGCAUCGGCCUGACGUUGGGUUCUGCAGCGCCUGCAGUAUCCUACCAGAACUUGGUCAACAAGAUAUCCACCCUGGACGGGCCCGAAGGAAUAUCUUCGCCACUAUACGGUGCGAGUCAAGGAUUCGGUGAAGCGGAUGGGGGGCAGUGCGCCCUCUACAAGGUCACAUUCACACAGGACCUUUAUUUCCAGUACAUUCAGUACAAGGCGGACAUCCCAGACAUCCAGCAGUUCACCCUCUGCGCUUGGACCAAGUUCACCAACCACUCUAACGACCACCCGAUAUUCUCGUACGCUGUGCCGAACCAGCCACGGGCCAUCUACGUGUGGGUGUCAUCAACGCAGCGGUCCAACUACUGGCAGAUGUCAGUGAACGGACACACCUUCUACCGGCUCAACUACCCGCUGAGGCUGCAUCGCUGGUACCAUUCGUGCGCCUCCUGGAACAGCCAGACUGGAGAAUUCCAGCUCUGGGUGAACGACGAGAGGGUCGGCAGGGGAUUCCACAACAGGCUGGUGGGCUACACGAUCCCCGGAGGCGGAGUGGCCAUCACGGGCCAGGAGCAGCGCCAGCCCGGAGGCGGCUUCCUGGAGGGCCCCGGAGCGCCGCUGGGCUCUGGAGGCAUGCUGGGCGAGGUGACCAUGGUGUACCUGUUCGGCGCGGCGCUGGCCGCGGGCAAGGCGCACCGCGACCACAAGCACCACCACGGCAACCACCACGAGGACUACCCGGCCAACGGGCAGUCGCCCGCCUCCGCCACGCCGCCCCCUCCGCCUCCGCCGCCCCCGCAGUUCAUGCACCCGCUGCUGGUCGCCGGCCAGAUCGCGCCCCGCGGCCAGAACGUCAUCCAGCAGAUCGAGGGUUCGAGGCCCCGUCUGCCCGAGCAGCCUCAGCAGCAGCAGCAGAUCCUCUCAGGAAGCAUCUUCGGUGUGGACGGUCUGGGACUGGGCGGGGACUCCUUCCUGUCCAACAAGGCCUUCGAGGGGUCCCUGCUGGAGGGUGGCGCCGUGUCCAGCCACAAGCUGUUCAAGAGGCAGCAGGAGCAGCAGGCGCUGCACGGGGACUCGGACGCCAAGGGGCUGGACCUGGAGGACGGCCGCCCCACCACCAGGAGGAGCAGGGAGCUGCACGUCGCGCCCGUGUCCGAGGACCCCGACGACGAGUACACCACGCCCAGGUACAAGGCCAAGAUGCCGCUGAAACUCAGCAAGAAACUGUGGGCCACCUCCAGAACGUCCAGCUCUGCUGAAGAGGCACCCACCAGCAAAGCCGACAGCCCCACGGAGAGUGUCGACAGCGAGCCAGUGACCAGCAUUCCCAACAAAAAGGUGGCAGACAGGGCGAGGAAGGUCUCUGUGACCAAGAGGGCCACCAACGGGCCAAAGUCUGCAGCCGAGGCCUCCGACCUCGAGGAGGAGGUCCUCGCAGAGGCUGGAGGCGACACCAAGAACUCCCACACCAGCAAGAGGGGCGCCCUCCUGCCCUCCGAUGACCUCUUCCUGAGCUCCAGCGCCAGUCUGCUCAGCCAGCCCAGUUCCUCGUCGGUGCUGUCGGGCUCGUUCGCCUUCAGUAAGCUGCCUGUGGAGGCGGCGCCAUUGUUGCUGCAGCCUGGGACACCUCCUCCAUUGUUGGAGCCAGAGGCGGAGCCCUACCCCCGAGAGCCUGCCGAGGGGGAGGUGGCCGAGGUGAUGCGGGUCUGCUCGGGGUGCGACCCCGAGCCGUUCAAGGCAGCCGCCAUCAUCUCGUGGCGUGCCACGCCCAAGAAGGUCUACUCUGGCGCACUCUACUCGCUGGCCAACCCACAGUGCAGGAAGUUCUGAUCCUCUGCAUUACAGACUCUGUGACAAUGUGAUGCGGGGCUGGAAUUGCAUCCACUGGUUUCGCCUUGUGAAUGGAUGGUUUAUUGUUUGUGUGAAGAGGACUUCUUGUUCGUAUAACUGGAAAUAAUAGUGAAUUCUGUGUAUGUGCAUCUACUUGAUCAUUAUCAUCUGCUGCACAUUCUUGGAAAUAUGGGAGGGGAUUGUUGCAUAGUGUUGGAGAGGGAUAUAGGCUACUAUAUUACCGAGUAAGUUGGUCACCACAUAGUCGCGCAGCAUGUACAAACUGUUCUGUACACGGGGAGGCAAAGAACACAGAAGUACAAAUUGAGCCACCUGUGUAUGCACUGCAUUCCAAACUGUCUGCUGCAUGCUCAGGUAAUGUACACACAGCUGCAAAUUCUUUAGUGCACAAUUGAAAACAGGCUGCACAGUCAGGUCUGUCUGAAUGACAGUGUAAACUGUCUGCUGCACAGUCAGCUUGUCUGCAUGAUAGUACAAACUGUCUGCUGCACAGUCAUGCUGUCUGCAUGACAGUGCAAACUGUCUGCUGCAUGCUCACAUUGUCUGCAUGACAGUGCAAACUGCCUGCUGCACAUUUAAGUUCUCUGUCUGACAAUCCAAACUGUUUGUGAGGCCAUCUGUCUGACAAUGCAAACUGCCUGCUGUAUUGUCAGAUUGUCUACAUGACAGUGCAAACUGUCUGCUGCACAGCCAGGCUGUCUGCAUGACAGUGCAAACUGACUCCUGCACAGUCAGGCUGUCUGCAUGAAAGUUCAAAGUGUCUGCUGCACAGCCAGGUUCUCUGCAUGACAGUGCAAACUGUCUGCUGCACAGUUAUGCUGUCUGUCUGACAAUGCAAACUGUUUGCUGCAUAGUGAGGCCAUCUGUCUGAAAAUGCAAACUGCCUGCUGUACGGUCAGAUUGUCUAUGUGACAGUGCAAACUGUCUGCUGCAUAGCCAGGCUGUCUGCAUGACAGUGGAAACGGACUCCUGCACAGUCAGGCUGUCUGCAUGAAAGUUCAAAGUGUCUGCUGCACAGCCAGGUUCUCUGCAUGACAGUGCAAACUGUCUGCUGCACAGUUACGCUGUCUGUCUGACAAUGCAAACUGACUGCUGCAUGGUCAGGCUGUCUGCAUAACAGUGCAAACUGCCUGGUGCACAGUCAGGAAGUCUCAAUAACAGUGCAAACUGUCAGUUGCACAACUGGGCUGUCUGUGUAGCAAUGCCUAUUGUCAACUGCGCAGUCAGGCUGUCUUCAUGAAAGUGCAUACUGUCAGCUGCACAGUCAGGCUGUCUGCAUGAAAAUGCAUACUGUCAGCUGCACCAGUCAGGCUGUCUGCAUGACAAUGCAAACUGUCUGCUGUGUACUCGGGCAAUCUGUGCAGCAGAGAUAACAAUUCCCCACACUAUUGCACAGUUUACAAAUUGUUACAAUAUUUUGACUGCAAUAGGACCAGAGCCUGUCCACUGCACUAUUGUGCCACCUACACAAGAGCAGAAACCGCCCAAUAUCCCACAGUCUGCACCAUGAGUACUAUCCUGGAAUGUUCACAAUAGUGCAAAGCAUCACCACAAACCUGUGCAGUCAGUUUGAUCAUACCAGCAGUCUACUGAACAACAGCGAAAAUUAUCCACUGCCCCAUCACACUCCACAUCUUGAACCUACACAAUAACACAAAUUGUCUUACGCACAAUUGUGCUAUCUAUACAGUGGUGCAAAUUUCUCUCUUCUAAACGGGGGGCUUUGUGUAAAUUGCUACUUACAGCUGUGCAGAUGGGUAGAAAGACAAUUACAUGAGUGUACAGAAGCACAUACGAGCCACUGCAUGGUAUACAAAGACAUUCUGUACAAUUGCUUAUGAAUGGUGGGCUCCAUGUGGUUCCCAAGUUGUGCAGCAACCGUAAACCAUAAAAUUACCAAAUAAGCAGCAACCAGUCGCAAAAUCAUGUUUUAUUUAUUUACUUUUGCAUAUCGAUUUCAACUGAUUAAUAGCUUACUUGUUCCUAGUCCAUAUUACACAUAAUUUUUUGUUCAGUUAAAUCAAAUGCUUUGUAAUCCACAAAAAACCUGCCUAAAGCGAAGUGUACAUGUUCACCCUUUAUGAAGUGCACAAUUAAUUUACUUUUACGUCCACUGCUGUAAACAGGAUGCAGUAUGCCCUAUAUAUAAACAUGAUUCAGCUGAAAUGAGGGAAAAACUACAAUGACAAGUAGAAGACAAUAAAAAUCUUUGUGACCUCUCAUGUGAUAAUUCACCUGAUGACAUCUACAUCCCCUGUUGAUUCCUCUGUUUCUAGUUUCACACAAUUUUUCCUUCAUUUCACGUAUGUCCCUUCCCAAUAUCGCCAUGAUGAUGCAGUGACCGCUAGCAAUUGUUACCAUAACACAUUCGGUUUAUAUUCAUCUGUAAUCAUCAUCUUCAAUCAUUAUUUUGUAUCUCAUCUAUUAAUUGUUCCAAACUUUGGAAGUAAAUGUUAUUUCUUAUUUAUUAAACCAUUUUUUGUGUUACGAUGAAUUUUUAUUGUCGAAGUGUUAACUUUACUAGGGGAUUUUUAUAAAUGUGUAUUUUGUGUAAUUUUUCUACAAACACAAAGGCUUGAGCCAGUGCCAACAUGUCUGUUACACCUCUAACGACGUUUGGUUGCAGUUUCUAGUGAAUGAUACAAUCUACAUUUACAUUUGUUCUACAGGAAGAUAUGUGAAACGUUUCUACAGUAGCAUGGAAAAUUCAGAUACUUCAGUUACCCUGUUUCAAAUGAUGAAUACUCAUUUUCAUACUUAUGUUACUAGCGCUGUGGUUGUGUGUUCGAAUCGAAAUUACAUUCAUUUAUCGCGUUUAAAAUCUUAUUGUAAUGAGAAAAGCUGCCCAUAGUUGCAAAUAUUAAGUGCAGUUUUGCAAUAAUUGCACUGCAACACAUUUUCUUUAUUAUCUGUUUUGACAAAAAAUAUCUUUCGUGUUGGCUCAAGACAAUGGCUUAGGCUUGAUAAUGGGUCUUAUAGAAUAUCAGUGAAGACAUAAGUUGUCAUUAUUCCUUGUUCACCUUUCUAAUUUUUCGUAUAUUUUACUUAGAGUACUCAAAUUUGAACUCGAUUCAGAUCAUGCAGCCACUGUCUGACAGAUGUAAAAGGCAUCACCUGAAGAUGAACACCAACCGCUGGUAAUGAUUUAUGUCUUUAUUUUACUAAAUUUUUACCUUCAUAGUCUAAAUACAGUUCUGUCCUGGCUGAUGUGAAAAGAAUUAUUCAAUUUAUUGAUGACUGAUAUUUUUCUCCUGUAAUUCUUUCCUUAGUUUAAAUUCCAAUUUAUUUUGUAUAUUUAAUGUGUGAUUGGAAAUCAGGAAGCUUUGUACUAGAUAUGAAUUUCUUAUAAUAUACUGUUGAAUUGAAAACAAGAAAAAAAUUGUUGUACGAAUAAAGACAUAAAUAAACGAUUACAGUAAA